AUGUCCCCGCGUCCUGCCAAUACUGAUAGCAAUGGCGAGCUAUCCACCAGCGACACGUUUCUCUCGCGGGUCUUCGGACUCCAUUCAGUGUACAACAGCCUCCCUGAAAACUACCAGUAUUAUGACCCAGAAUCCCAGAUUUACAAUAUAAAUCCAGGCGAAUUGCAGGGGCACAGAGCCGGCGCUAUUUUGCCCGGCAGCCUGCGAUCAGCACUGGACAUCAAUGGCCCUGAAGGAAAUGAGCAGGGCUGGCAGGCCGAUUUUCUUAGGGCGCCUGACAAAAACCUCUUGGACUCGGAAUCCGGCCUGGAUCUCUCAUCCUCCGACUCUCUGCUGCCGCCUUCGCCGCUCUUGCGCGCCACCGACUAUUCGGGAAACCCCCAGAAAAAUCAAAUGACGGAUGCAAGCCUUUUCCCCGAUAGUGGGGGCCAAACGGGGUCCUCUGCUGUGCAUAACCAUGCCCAGGAUAUACCAACACGUCAGGGCGGUCUCGAAUCCCAAGCAGGUCUAGGACGCUCAAGAAUGGAAAUCCCGCCCCGAGAACGGGCGCUCUAUCUCUGGGCCAAUAUCGUGAAUAUGGACGAGUUUCUCAUGGAUGUCUACUACUACUACCGUGGCAAAGGCUUUUCCAGCAUUGUGCUUGCCCGUGUGGUUGACAUUUCCAUUCUCGUGUUUGUUCUCUCAUUCACGACGUUCUUGAGAUGGGGCAUUGAUUACGACUUCUUUUUUAACGGGUGGUCCUCGAACUCGGAUACCAAUCUAACGCUCGCGGAUUUGGUGAUUGCAAACUUUUUGAUGGACAGGGUGCCAUUCUCUGUCAAGGUUUUUCUUUUGGGCUUCUUUGGGUACACAGCGCUCCGGAUGCUACAGCUCUACUUCGACUACAGAUACAAGUUGUCGCAGCUUCUGAAUUUCUACAAGCACCUUCUCGGGAUUUCGGACGAUUUGGAGUUGAUGACCAUUUCCUGGUCCACCAUUGUCCAGAGGUUGAUGCAGUUGAAGGACCAAAACUCUCUCACGUCCACCAAUGCCAAUAUUCCGCCGCAAUUCCUCAAUGACUUGAACUCAAAAGUGCGCUUGAACGCUCACGACAUUGCCAACCGAAUCAUGCGCAAGGAGAACUACAUGAUUGCCUUGGUGAACAAGGACGUGCUCGACCUCUCGAUUCCAUGCCCCUCUUUUCUUCGUUCUGUAUUCUCCAGCAAGUCAGUGUUGACACGAACUUUGGAGUGGAACAUCAAGCUCUGCAUAAACAACUUUGUCUUUAGUGAAAAUGGGCAGAUCAACCAAGACAUUCUCAAAGAAAGCUCGCGCAACGCUUUGGCCCAGGAACUAAGCUCACGCUUCAAAAUGGCGGCUAUAAUCAACUUGAUUCUCUGUCCUUUCAUCGUCACAUACUUCGUCUUAUUGUACUUCUUCCGGUACUUCAACGAGUAUAAAUCUAACCCAUCUUCCUUGUUGGGUUUGCGGCAAUAUACGCCGUGGGCUGAGUGGAAACUCCGAGAGUUCAAUGAAUUGUCCCAUUUAUUCAUCAAAAGAUUGCAUCUUUCGAUCGGACCAGCAAAUACGUACAUAAACCAAUUCCCUGGCGGAGUGUUUAUGGUGAAUCUUCUGCGGCUUUUGAACUUUGUUUCAAGCGCUUUUCUAGCCGUACUUGUUAUUUUCGGUCUUCUAUUCGACGAUGAAGAGCACAACUUCUGGUCAUUUGAGAUUACCCAAAACAGAAGCACCCUUUUCUACAUAAGUGUAUUUGGUACUUUGUGGGCAGUCACCUCCAGUUCUGCAAACACGUCCACGGUGACAAACACAGCAGAAAAUCUCAACACACAAGGGGUGUCGUUCUUCUAUGACCCCGAAGCAAGUUUGAGAUACGUUUCACAGUUUACCCACUAUUUGCCAAGCUCGUGGAAUGGUAAGCUCCAUACGGUGGAAGUCAAAAAUAAGUUCUGUGAACUCUUCAGCUUGAAGAUCGUCAUUAUUAUCAAUGAAAUCUUGAGUUUGAUACUCACGCCGUUCAUUCUUUGGUUCAAAAUUCUGAACAACUCGAGCGCCAUCAUUGACUUCUUUCGCGAAUACACCAUCCAUGUUGAUGGGCUUGGGUAUGUUUGCUACUUUGCCAUGUUCAAUUUUGAGGAGAAGGAUAAAAAUAUGAUGUUUGAACUCAAAAAAAAACGGAGCGGAAAGAAACCCAAGGGCAUGCCUGCAGCAAGGCCAAAACAAAAAUCCAAGCGAUCUGACUCAGAUGAUUCUGGUGAAGACAGCACUGACUCGGAGCUUCAGGACUACUAUCAGGACGACAAAAUGAUCAAAUCCUACAUGUACUUCUUAGAGAGUUAUGGCAACAAGGCGAGCAAUGGCAAAAGGCAAGCCCCUGAAACGAUGCCAAAGCAUGUUACUGUGGACCCAGAAGCACCACUGCCAUCAGUUGUUUUGAGUAGACGUGCUGGUCUGGGAAAUACUGGGCCUGGUAGAGACGAUGGGGUACAUGAGAGUUCAUACAAUUUCUCUGAUACACUAGAGGCCAGUAUAAAGCCCGGGAGAAAAGGCCGCAAAGGAGUUUUGGGAAUGAUCAACCAAUUUUCAAAACAGGAGGUUGGGCGCUGA